CACCCGCUUCUACUCUGGGUUGUUGCGUUGCUGAUCACCCGGAGCGCGUCUUUCUCUGCUUGCGACUUCUGGAGAGCGGAUCGCAGUUCGAGAAUCGCGGCCAGGAUGGCGCUCCGCUCUCUGCCGCUCCUGGUGUUGGUGGCGGUCGCCCUGCGGGAGAGCUGCCUCGCCGCCUCCUCCCACACCCUGAAGAAUUUCUACUCCUCCAUCUGGGACCCCAGUCAGGGGCAGCCCCACUUUGUCGCUCUGGGGUACGUGGACGGUCAGGUCUUUGUUCACUACGACAGCAGCACCCGGAGGGAGCAGCCUCGAGUCUCCUGGAUAAAGAAGGUGGAGAAAGAAGACCCCCAAUAUUGGGACACUCAGACGCAGAUAUUACGUUACAAUGAGGAUUCGUUCAGACAAAGCCUGGAGAAUCUGAGGCUUCGCUACAAUCAGAGUGAAGGCCUUCACACAUUGCAGUGGAUGGUUGGCUGUGAGCUCCAGGUUGACCAGAGCAAAAAAGGAUCUUGGCAAUUUGGCUACGAUGGGAGGACCUUCCUCACCUUCGACAAGGAGAGACUCACUUGGGUGGCUCCUGACCCCCAGGCCCAGAUCACCCAAAGGAAAUGGGACGCUGAUCCAGGAUAUAAUCAGAGAAGGAAGGCCUACCUGGAGGAGGAAUGCAUUGAGUGGCUGGAGAAGUACCUGUCCUACGGGAAGGAGACGCUGCUGAGGACAGAGCCCCCAGAGGUGACCAUGAGUAGAAAGACGGAGAUGGAGGAUGGGAUGGAGAUGCACAUCUGCCGCCUGGAUGGCUUCUACCCCAGGGAGAUCGAGGCCUCCUGGACGAGGGAUGGGGAGGUCUGGCUGCAGGACACCCUAUGUGGCUCCGUGGCCCCCAACGCGGAUGGGACCUUCCAUGCCUGGCUCAGCAUCCGGAUCGAUCCCAAAGAGAGGGGCCGCUAUCGCUGCCACGUGGAGCACGACAGCCUACCGAAGUCUCUGGACGUGGCCCUGAAGGAACUAAAUCUGGGGCUCAUCAGCGGCUGCAUUGUGGCUGGCCUUGUCUCGGUGUUUGCGAUUGUUGGGAUCUUGGCUUAUAUUUACAUUCCCAAGAGACGUCAAGGUGACCACAAUGCAACACCGAGUGAAUUGUCCUCUUUACAAGUAAUCUCCAACUUAGAGCAGGGACCAGAGGCUCCAUCAUUUGAGAGGAAGUGAGGAAGGAUCCAGCAGUUCCAGCCAGGCACGAGUGGACACUCUCAGCAUCAGGAAGGGGGAAUGAACAGGGGAUCGGCCUUCUUCUGAAUUAGGACCGACUCUCAGGUGGAGCCCUUCAGACCCUUCCAGCCUGCUGGAACCAGGAUGGAUUUUGGGUCUUGCUUUUCAGGUGCCUCAUUUCAUGCAGUCGCCCAAGAAUGCAGAGACGCUUGAUUGACGGGAAAGAAGUCCCCAUAUUACGACGGAUGCUUUCUGAGCAAAGGAGUGAAAGGAUUGAAAGUGAACAGUGAAAUUGAAAAAGGGUGGGGUCUUACACCCAAACUUCUUUUGCGAUUCCCAGAUGCCUUCAAGAGCUGGCCAUCUUUGAGAGCCUAUAAAGGAGACUAUUUAAAGCAGCCACAUCCAUCCCGGCCCCUGUGGGCCACAUGUGGCCUUGGAUAGGUAGUAAAGCAGUCCUGCAGAAGUUUUAAUGCUAUAAUAAAAAUGUAAAGGAAGUUAUUUAAAUACAUUAACUAUAUUAUAGAUUUUAUAUGUGGCCCAAGACCAUUUCUCCUCACUCCAUGCAGCCAAGACAAGCCGAAAGGUCGGACACGGCUGCUUUAAAGCAUUUUGUGAGAAUUCAAUCAGUAUUUGAGUGUCUUCCCCUGAUUCAAAAGUUUUAGAACUGUAUUUAUUUCUUAGACACCUAAACAACUUUAGGCAGCUCACAAAAAUAGUCAAACUACGAAGGACACAAAAAACGUAUGACAAAAACUAAAAACUUGAGCCCUCCAUCUUCCUUUUAGGAGCCCCAACACCCAUCUGCAGGAUGGUGCAAGGCGCUAAGCAUAUAGAUUCAGUGUCCACAUCAAACAUUGUUGCGCUCCCAGGUCCCUUGGCCAGCAAUGAUCCUCCUUAGCCAAGAGGUAGGAAAGUUCCCCCUCUCCAGUCAUCACCCCCCCCCAUCUUCCGUACCGGAAUAUGGCAUUGACCACCUUUCUUGAAGCCAGGACAUGGAUACAAAGCCAGGUUUUGAUGCCAUUGUGGAAGGCUAAGAGGAGUGGGAUCUACUUGAGGGUCUUCCAAAAGCCAUAGGAAAGGGACACUUCCAAGAGUUACUGACAGGGAGAUGUUUUUCACUGAGGUAGUUCUUCUCAGGUAUAGACUACUUGGAUUCCUCCAGAUACUUUAGACUUCAACUCCCAUCAUGCCUUGCUGCCAGGCAGCUCUCUAGAUAUAAUUGACCUACGCUGGUUGCAAAUAAAGCAACUCAGAAAGAAGUGAAUUUGGUAAUCCAGGAGCGAGUACCUUCCUUUCAGAGAAAUUGGGCAAGAGGAAAUCAUCUUGUCGUUCCCCCCCCCCCCGGAGAAAACAAGAAGUUACAAUGGCCUUUUGAUGGGUGUGGAGUUGUGGGGGAAGGAGUGGCAGAACCUGAGGGGGGAGUUAAAGGAGGGAUCAGCCUAGAAUCUCUUUGUAGCUACAAGCAAGCUAAGUCCAGACCUCCUUCAGUUCCAUUGACCUUUUUUUAAACUGCUAUGAGGUGCUAACCAUUAGCUGAGAAGGUUCCUGUGCAUAGGUGUAACAAUAAAUCGGUUUAAUUGGA